UGUUGCUGACAUCGGCCUCCUCAUUUCCGCAUUCCCGAAUCCUCCCCAGAUGGGGAUCACGUUUAGAGUCGGGCUGAUGCAACGGUUUCCUCUUUAUAAAAUCUACACUCGACCCACGGCCGACCAGAAGAAAGGACAUUUGAUCCAACUGGGCUCUAAGUCAGCUGUGGCCACGGCCGAGUGUGAUAACAUGCCAGGACAAAUUCCGGAUCCUUCGGUGACAGCAGGUUCCCUGCCCAGUCUGGGCCCUCUGGCCGGCAUUUCGGCCACCACGCUGACCGACACGUUCAAGUUUGGUGAGCUCCAUGAGUUCAAGGCGAUGCUGUCGCCCCUGCACUUCAUCGGCGGCCUGGGAAAGAGGCCUCUUGUCAUCAAAACAGAGAGGGAUGACGAGGACGAUAGAAGGAAACGAAGGCGAGAGAAAAACAAGGUGGCUGCAGCACGAUGUCGAAACAAGAAGAAAGAGAGGACGGAUUAUCUACAAAAGGAGUCGGAAAGAUUAGCGAUGUUAAACUCGGGCCUGAAAGCCCAGAUCGAGGAGCUGAAAAUUGAACGCCAGCAGUUGAUCCACAUGCUUAACCGCCAUCGCCCCACCUGCAUCGUCCGGACGGACAGCGUCCAGACGCCCGAGAGCGAGGUCAACCCGCUGCUGCAGCAGCAGCUGGAGACCGAGUGAAGUCGCACUGAUGUUCUGCAGUUACACGAGACAACGACCAGCACUUGGCUAUAAGCCGUAAGAUGGUGAAGAAGCAGCUGAACCGACAGGAUGUUGCGCCACAAGAUGUGAAUUAGUCACGAGUGUGGGACUUAAAACAAACUAUUGUUUAAACUCUCUCCUUUGUUACUUUGUUACCCGAGCCCUGGGCAUCUGUGGUGUUAUUUUUGGUCGGCAGAAAGUGACAAAAUGGUCACCCCCUGAGAAGGAUUUAAAACUGGUGAAUUUUGCUGGUUAAUUCAUAUUCUACAAACACAAUAUUAAUCAGGAUGCAAUGUUUAGACUAGUGGGGGCGCAUAGGACAUAUUGUCAAAGAAAACAUUUGAGUAGACGUACCCUUUAGCGCCAUGCAUUUAGUAGCUUGUCUUGUCCGUAAUCUCUCUCCCAUAUUUUGACGCAGGCGUCAUUUAUUCAUGUAUUUUACAUAUUAAAUAUGUACUGUUGACAUUGUAUCGUAUAUAGACUAUGUUACCAACAUUUUGUAUGUAUAAUUUUGUACUUUUUUAUGAUAAUGAAGUGAAAUGCAAUUUGUAUCGUUUCAAGAAAUACUUCUUUUUUUUUUAAUGGUCGUUUAUUCUGCUUGGUAAAUGUAGUGGUCUCUCUGUGACAGACACUUACAUCGAGUGACUGGAUAGAGGAAGACCCAACCACCCAGACUCACUAUUCUUAUUUUUAAGAAUAAAAUGACACAUAUUGUUGCACAUCAGUUUAAAAACAAAA